CUGGGCCAAACUGGAGGCAGGGGCCAGGCUUCCCCGCGCACGAUAGUCGGAUUGGCCCAGAGGCGCCGGCGCUGGCGCAAGCGCAGCAUCGCCUCUGGUUUCCACAGCAACGAGUUCAACAGCUGCCCCGAGGAAGGGGAAGAAACGGAGGUCCUGAGCAGAAGCGAAGGAAACGAAGGAAACGGGGCGUCCUUCGGCCAUGAGCUGGGCCGAGGUGGACGAACACGUGUCCCAGCGCUACCUCAUCAAGCGGCGGCUCGGGAAGGGGGCCUAUGGCAUUGUUUGGAAAGCUGCAGAUCGAAGGACAGGAGAAACUGUGGCCAUCAAGAAGAUCUUUGAUGCCUUCAGGAACAAGACAGAUGCACAGAGAACGUUCAGAGAGAUCAUGUUUCUCCAGGAGUUUGAUAAUCAUCCCAACAUCAUCCGGCUUCUGAAUGUCAUCAGGGCAGAAAAUGACAGGGACAUUUACCUAGUAUUUGAAUCCAUGGACACAGACCUUCAUACUGUCAUCCGGAAAGGGAAUCUGCUGAAGGAUAUUCAUAAAUGUUACAUCCUUUACCAGCUCCUACGUGCAACCAAAUUCAUUCACUCAGGAAAUGUCAUCCACAGAGACCAAAAGCCUUCCAAUGUUCUUCUGGAUGCUGACUGUUGUGUAAAACUCUGUGACUUUGGCCUUGCACGUUCCCUGAGUCAGCUUCAUGAGGAACCGGGGAACCCAGCCCUGACAGAGUAUGUGGCCACACGCUGGUACCGAGCCCCAGAAAUCCUGUUGUCUUCACACCGGUACACACAGGGUGUGGACAUGUGGAGCUUGGGCUGUAUCCUGGGGGAGAUGCUGCUUGGGAGACCUUUGUUCCCAGGAACUUCUACCCUCAAUCAGCUUGAGCUAAUCCUGGCAGCCAUCCCAGCCCCAAACAAAGAGGAGUUCCUGGCCAUUGGCUCAGACUACAAUACUUCUAUCUUCUACCGGCUGGGCCCCCGGCAGCUACUGACCCUGGACUCUCGCCUCCCACCAACCACUCCUCCUGAGGCCCUGGACCUGUUGCAACGACUCCUGGUGUUUGACCCUGAGAAACGGCUGACAGCAGAUGAGGCCCUGAGGCACCCUUAUGUGAGGAGAUUCCACUGUCCAGCCAAGGAGCCAGCCCUGGAGUAUGAAGUGCUCCUGCCCAUCGAUGAUGGUGUACAGCUCUCUGUGCUGGAGUAUCGCAACCGGCUAUACAAGAUGAUCCUAGAGCGAAAGGCAAACAAUGGACUUCAAGACCUGGAGAUUCAGAGAGAAGCCCUGGGGGACCUUCCCAGGUCAAGCCCUGUGCCCCUGCCCUCCCAGAAAGAUCCCCUCCUGUGGAACUCUACCUCUGAGCUGGCCCAGGCCCCAAGGGAACCGGAAACCUCUGCCCUGAGGGAACGUCGUUCACAAAUCCCUGGACCCAGGCCACAGAGUGAACCCACUCCCUGCCAUGGCACCCUUGGUCCCCGGCAAGGGUCAGCACCCUCUAUCCGGCUACAGCAUCGAGGUUUCUCAGGGAAGAGGGGACAGUCAUUUUGGGGUGAUGCUCGCACUCUCACUGGCCCCCCUGGGGAGAAGCCAGGCCUCAAGUCGGCCAUGUCUGCCCCUUCCCUCGCUGCCCAGGCGGCAGCUGCGGUGACCAACCAGGCCCUAACACGAAAGGACAGUUCCCUGAUGGGUGUGAUGACUUCCACAAACGCCAAGCUGGUCCCUCGCCUGCCCUCUGGCCCCACUCAGGAUGCUCGAGCUCUCCUACGGCCCGCAAGGAGGAUGUUCCAGUCCUCUGCCUCCCAGGGGACCAUAGGGGCAGCUAGGGCAUCCCUGGGAGGCUACUCCCAGGCCUACGGAACGAUCUGCAAGUCAGCCCUGUAUGGUCUGCCCCUCUCUCACUCCUCACUCCAUCCCCUCCCCCAUGUACCUCCAUCCUGAUUCCCUUCUAGAGACAUCCUAACUUUUACCUCUAUGUACUUCUUCUAGCCCCUGACUAGUCCCUAUUUGCCCCCCAGAGAUAUCCCCAGCCUGCUUCACCCCAUGGACUUCCCUCACCUGAUCCUCAUGACCCCCUGAGCCCUCACUGAAGCUCCCUUACCCAGACACUCCCAAGAGAUAAGAAACCUCCUCUGAGCCAUCCUCUCUGACUCACUCCAUGGGGUCUCUGGCUUGAGGAAUGUUUGGCUUCAGCCAUGGGAGUCUGUGCCCUUUACUCUUCCCAUAAACACCAACAAUUUAUUUUCAGCAAUAAAGUCUCUGAUUUUCUGCA